AAAGACAUGUGUACGAACAAAAAGUAUGCUGUUCUGAUAUGCUAUAGCUGGCUUAGUUAACACAACUGAUGCAGGAGAACUAUGUAGGCUAACGUCAGCUAACGCUUCUUUUAUGACAACGGAAUUUGCUAGCUAAUAAUAGGAAUUCUCAUAAUCCUUGCUCUUGUUAACUGGUCUUUAGGGAUAUGAGACCAUGGAGCUAACUAGACUACACUGGCAGUUUUCCUCACCCGGAACAACAACUUUGUAACGUUAUGUGAUUUAUAUAACUAGUUAGUACACUCCGACAAGUUAGAGCGCAGCCUUUUUUUUUAACCGUUGGUCAGGACACUUCGACGGCUGGUUGAGAAUGAGACGUCUUCGCAGCUUGGUCAUUAAUGCCCCUAAAAUGUGGCUCACCGUCUCCCCGAGUAAGUUCAAAAACACAUCUCUGCUGCUUUGCAAAUCGUCUUUCCAGGGAGACAGUACUUGCAAUUGGACGCACACCAAGAAGGCGUCGGACCCUCAGCUGUUUGAAGCCCAGUUUGAGGAGCUGGUAACGGAGCUCACAGAAAGGGACCUCGCCGAUCCUGCGCUGGCUGAUGCUCUGAACAGGCUGAGAGAGGUUUUGGUGUACAAUUCCCCUGGAGGCAAGAGGAACCGUGGCCUGUCUGUGAUUGGCUCACUGAGGGAGCUUCUCCCUCUCACUAAGCUCAACCAGGACACUGUGCAGCGGGCUCUUUUGGUUGGCUGGUGCAUUGAGUUGCUUCAGGCAUUUUUCCUCGUGGCAGAUGACAUCAUGGAUGCAUCUGUGACUCGGAGAGGACAGCCCUGCUGGUACAAGAAGGAUGGGAUAGGUCUGGACGCCAUCAAUGAUUCAUUCCUCUUGGAAGCUUCAAUCUACAGGCUGCUUCGCAGACAUUGCAGGGAUCAGCCGUACUAUGUCCACCUACUGGAACUGUUUACUGAGACAUCUUUCCAAACAGAGCUUGGCCAAGCUCUGGACCUCAUGACAGCACCCCCUGGUCAGAUUGACCUCAACAGAUUCACCAUGGAGAGGUAUAAAGCUAUUGUAAAAUACAAGACUGCUUUCUACUCUUUCUACCUCCCAGUCGCAGCUGCAAUGUACAUGGCAGGAAUCAAAAGUGAAGAGGAACACAAUAAUGCCAAACACAUCUUACUUGAGAUGGGAGAGUUUUUCCAAAUACAGGAUGACUACCUAGACUGUUAUGGUGACCCUGCUGUGACAGGAAAAAUUGGUACAGACAUCCAGGAUAACAAAUGCAGCUGGCUGGUAGUGACAGCCCUGGAAAUCAUGACCCCUGAACAAAGAGCAGAGCUGGAGGCAUGUUAUGGGCACCAUGAUGAAGCCAGUGUAGAAAAGGUCAAAACGCUAUACAACACCCUGCAAAUGCCAACACUGUACCACAGAUAUGAAGAAGAGAGCUACCAGCGGCUACAUAAACUCAUCGCUUGUCACGCUCAAAACCUUCCUCACUCAGUCUUCCUCAACUUUGCCAAGAAAAUCUACAAGAGGAACAAGUGAGUGGGAAUGAUGAUCUUUGGAGGUUAUAUAAACGAUGUCAGGCUCAUCAGCAGGGUCCCCUUUUGACUUUUAUCAUGAUAGACAAGUGAACUCCUCUCCCUUGAGAGAGGGUUUUCCAGGGACAGGGCUCUGACUCCAACAGCAUGACCCGGACACGACUGUGAUAUUUAGAAAUCCUGCUGCCACCUUCUGAUUUGUAGAUGUUUGGAUGUGGAUGUCAUCAAACAGCCAGUCUCUUAAGUUCUAUUUAUUGAACCCAGUGCAUAAUGUAAAGUGUAACCAGUCAUUUGCAGUAUGUAAGGGUGACUUUGGAAGGGACCACACAUGGAUUGAUUUAGCUUCCAUAUUUAUCUGCCAUGAGAAAUGCAUGGCGGAUGAAAUAAUAAAGUUUAAAUGGUUUGCCCUUUGUAGGAAUAGAUGUAUUCAUUGAUAAUGAACUAAAAGAGACGGUACAUAUGUGACAGGAGUUGUAUCCUGAUUUAGGACAGAGGGUCAGGCCUGAUCAGCUGUCUUUAUUCUGUAUAUUUUUAUAUUGCUCCUGGAUGUU